GCGGCGAGCAGGGGCCGGGCCGGGCGAGCGCCGCGCGGGCCACCAUGGCCACGGACGAGCUGGCCAGCAAGCUGAGCCGGCGGCUGCAGCUGGAGGACGAGGGCGGCGCCGAGGCCCCGGAGCAGCCCGGGCUGAACGGGGCGGCGGCGGCGGCGGCCGGGGCGCCCGACGAGGCGGCCGAGGCGCUGGGCAGCGCGGACGGCGAGCUGAGCGCCAAGCUGCUGCGGCGCGCCGACCUCAACCAGGGCAUCGGCGAGCCCCAGUCGCCCAGCCGCCGCGUCUUCAACCCCUACACCGAGUUCAAGGAGUUCUCCAGGAAGCAGAUCAAGGACAUGGAGAAGAUGUUCAAGCAGUACGACGCCGGCCGGGAUGGCUUCAUCGACCUGAUGGAGCUGAAGCUGAUGAUGGAGAAGCUCGGAGCCCCGCAGACCCACCUGGGCCUGAAAAACAUGAUCAAGGAGGUGGAUGAGGAUUUCGACAGCAAGCUCAGCUUCCGGGAGUUCCUCCUGAUCUUCCGUAAGGCGGCGGCCGGGGAGCUGCAGGAGGACAGCGGGCUGCACGUGCUCGCCCGCCUCUCCGAGAUCGAUGUCUCCACCGAGGGCGUCAAGGGGGCCAAGAGCUUCUUUGAGGCCAAGGUGCAGGCCAUCAACGUGUCCAGCCGCUUCGAGGAGGAGAUCAAGGCGGAGCAGGAGGAGAGGAAGAAGCAGGCGGAGGAGAUGAAGCAGCGGAAGGCAGCCUUCAAGGAGCUGCAGUCCACGUUCAAGUAGCAAGGGGCUGCGGCCUGACCCCCGGCCCCCGCCCGGCCCCCCACCCCGGCGCCCAGCCAGCAGGGGCGGGCAGACUGGAGGCCAAGCCUGAUCCUGGGCUCUGUCGAAGGGACCGUACUGAAAACCUACAAAGUCUGUGAACGGAGCCAGCUGAGGGGUGCCCCAGGUGGCCCGGCCCCUGCUCCCCACGCUGUUCCCGAGGCCGGGUGCAAGCGCGGGCUCCUUGCCGGCCCUCCCCCGCCAUCCCUGCGUGUCUCUCGCCCCCUGGCCGCCCCUCUGCCCGCCCGGCUCCUGGCCCUGGCCCCCCCAACCCCGGGGUUCCCGCCCUCCAUACACUCCCUUCCUCCCCGCCCACAGGCCGCCUGUCCUGGGGCCCCACAGCCACUUCCAAGACAGGGGGAGGGCGGACAGCGAGAACUGGGGGGGCUCCAGCUCUGCAGCAGAGCGGGACCUAAGGGGCUCAUCAGAGGCACUGGGGGCUCCCCACCCCACCUGUUCUCUCCAGCCCUGCCUCCUCCCGCUUGCGGGGGUGUGGGGUGCAGUGGGGGCAGCAUGCUUCUCUUUUGGCAAAGGGACCCAGGAUGCUCACGUGGGGACCCCAGCCAGGCAGGGUGGGGGGCAGCUGUGCCAAUCUACCUCACGGGCCCCCGCUCUGCCGGCCAUGCCAGGCAUCGUGGGAGGGAAGGCCGCUCCGGGGGUCCAGGGAGAGCAGGGUGGGGACGAGGGAUUGGCCCCUUCGCAGGGAAGGAACCAGCGCCCGGCUCCGAUCCCCGGGACGCGUCCAAGAAGUGCUUUAAGUGGUUUGUGCGGACCAGGCGGUGGGGACCAGGGGCCUCGCUCGGCCCCUUCGCGCCAUCCUUCCCCGAGUGACGUGCACCGCCUCGUCAGCAGCGAUGGGACGUGUCCCGUCCCCCCACCCGCUGAGGAAGCAUGGGGACCCCAGCCCUCCCUGUGCCCCUCCCCAGACGGGCUGCGGCCCAGCCUGCGCCACCAGCCCGGUCCCACACAGCUCCCAGUGUGCUCACCCACGUGUGCGCGUGUCCGUGCGUGUGUCCGUGUCCGUUGCCGUGUCGUGAAACUGUGCCCGUCACCCCGUCUAAACAAGUGAAUGGCCGUCGAGGCCGCGGUUAUGCAACUUCCGAUGUGUGUCAUGACAAUGUCACUGCUUUUUAAACUUGAUAACUCUUUAUUUUAGUAAAAUGCCCCCAGAGUCCACAAAACUGUUGGAUUUGCAGAGGUUUUAUUUUUUUGGCCUUAGAACCUGCGGAAAUUAGGAGGUACUGACCCCAGUGCGGCAGCCUUGGCCCGGGAUUGCGUUUGCCUUAGCGGAUAUGUUUAUACAGAUGAAUAUAAAAAGUUCUUUUUCUUUGGCUUAUUGCUCUUUUUUUUUUUCCCCCUUCCCUUCUCACCUUCCCCCAAAGAAAGCUACUUCUUCAUUUGGUGGUACAAUUAUUUUUUUUAACUAAAAUAAGAUAAAAUUCUAUAUUCUUA